AUGAUUCAGACGGUGAUGGCCACUCGAAAACACCCGGCAACCAGCUCCUCCGCCAUGGACCUGACUGAGACUCGUCCAACUCCCGCCGCAUGCGCUAUGUCCAGUUCUAAAAUCAAUGUAGAAGCGUACGGCUCGGAUGCGGAGUCCUUCGCCGAGAAGUCUUCCGACGAGGAGUACCCGGAUGAAGAGGAUUCCGACGGGGGAGACUCCGACCAAGAAGAAGACCUGAACAUGCAAACACUUCCAGUCAACACCCCAAACUGCGGCAAGACCCUGGAAACCACGGAGAUCUGCGAGCAAUUUCUCAUCCAUCUGUCGAAAAAGGACAUGCUCCGCUGCUUACGCGUCUCGCAAAAGUUCAACGCCACCAUUGGGGGGUCUAUCACACUGCAGCGUCGUCUCUUUUUGGCACCACAAACCAAGCCCAUCAUCGGCAAGGCCAUUCCUCGCGAUCCAGUCAUGGCUUUGCGUCCGCCGUUGAGUCUAGCCGAGAACGGAGGCCACAAAGGAAUCGCCAGAACAGAUCGCCUCGUCCGCAUGAAUUCCUUCUUCUUCCGGCAAUUGUACGAAAACGACUACAGCGAAACACAAACCAUUCGAAUCAACAAUCCCAACCAGAAGAAGUGGCGCAAAGUUAAGAGCUCCCUCUCCUCGCCGGCUCUCGGUGAAAUGUUCAUCACGCAGCCUCCGAUGACUUACAUCAAGCUUGGGCUCUAG